GAAGGGCAGCCCACUCACACUACACCCAAACAAUCCCUUAUCCCUUAUACCUCGCUCGCCUCCCCGCCUUUCUUCUUCAAAGCAAAGAAAAUUCCCACUCUUUUCUUUCCCUUUUCUCUCACUAUUCAUACCCGUUUGAUUUUUUUGGUUGAUUUAGUUUUUAACUUGCUAAUUUUUUUAAUAUAUUCUUCUUUAUUGUUUGCUACCGAUUAGCCCCGCCCAAAUAAUGGCUGUUGCUUGGUCUGAAAUAGCUUCUUCCAUGGAGGCUUUGUCUUUGUCUCCUCCUAUGUCUCCGCCGGUUAUCCUAACCCAAGACGAAUUGAAAAAAAUCGCCGCUUACAAAGCCGUUGAGUUCGUGGAAUCAGGCAUGGUUCUGGGUCUGGGCACAGGUUCCACGGCCAAACACGCUGUCGAGCGGAUCGGCGAGUUGCUUCGUCAAGGCAGGCUCACCAACAUCAUAGGAAUCCCCACCUCCAAAAAAACACAAGAACAAGCUAUUUCUUUAGGUAUCCCACUUUCGGAUCUCGACAGCCACCCCACCAUUGAUUUGGCAAUCGACGGUGCUGAUGAAGUGGACCCGCAUCUUAAUCUGGUGAAAGGCCGAGGUGGGUCUCUGUUAAGAGAGAAAAUGGUGGAAGGAGCUUGCAAGAAAUUUGUAUGUAUCGUUGAUGAAUCCAAGUUGGUCAAGUAUUUGGGAGGCAGCGGUUUGGCCAUGCCCGUCGAAGUUGUUCCUUUUUGUUGGAAAUUCACUGCCAAUAAACUCCAAAACUUGUUUCGAGAUUCUGGUUGCGUUGCCAAGCUGAGGAAAGACUGUAAAGGGGAGCCUUUCGUAACGGAUAAUGGGAAUUACAUUGUGGAUUUGUAUUUGAAGAAAGAUAUUGGGGAUUUGCAGGUGGCAAGCGAUGCUAUUUUGAGGAUUGCUGGUGUGGUUGAGCAUGGCAUGUUUCUUGAUAUGGCCACUACUGUUAUAGUUGCAGGUGAGCUUGGAAUCACCAUCAAGAAUAAGUAGUACAAACUCAAACUAACUUUAUUUUAAUAAUUAGGGAAUUGCUAUUGCAGCUGGGAAUGGAUUCUUCCUUUUUUGGCAUCUAUUGAUUGAUGAGAAGAGUUGUCUUGUCUUCUCAAGUUUUGUUAUUUUCGUUUUGGACACAAAUUUAAGGGAAGACAAGAUCUAGGGAUGUUAGGAUUGUGAAAGCAGUAGUUGAACUAUGAGAAUGAUGAAUGUCAACUGUUCUAUGAUCAUUUUAAGCAUAAAAUCGGUUUAUUAUUGCAUUUGAUUAGGAAUUUUUGACCCGUAGUCAAAUUGACAUUGAAGCAAAGGGGUCUUUCAUCAUCUUCUUCAA